UCAGAGGCUCUAAGAUGUUCUAAGAGUGAGUUAGAAUCACAGGUGUCCAAUCUUCAGAAAGAAAAAUGUCAUUUGGAGGAGAGCAUGGAGGCCUUGCUAAGAGAAAGCAGUAUUACCUCUAAAAGUCUGGAUGAUGCAAGAAAUGAUCUGAUGGUGCUCAGCAUCAGUUUGGAAUCCCAUGUUUCUGCCAAUAAGAUUCUUGAAAAGAAAUUGUUGGAGCUAGAAAGUGGAAAAUCUGAACUGGAGCUCCAUCUAUCUGAGCUGGAAGAAGAGAACAUACAGUUGUCAGAGCGGAUAUCUGGUUUAGAAGCACAACUGAGGUAUUUGACGAAUGAAAGGGAGUCCAGCCGAUUGGAACUGGAAAAUUCUAAAGCAUUUUCUCUUAGUCUCCAGGAUGAGAUUGGAAAACUGGGGGUUGAGAUGGAGGCACAAAAAUUGGAUCUAAAACAAAAAUUGCAGGACAUGCAGAAGCAUUGGUCAGAAGCUCAAGAGGAGUGUGAAUAUCUGAAGAGAGCAAAUCCAAAAUUACAGUCCACAGCUGAAAAUCUCAUUGAAGAAUGCAGUUCUCUUCAGAAAUUGAAUGGGGAACUACGGAAUCAGAAACUGGAGUUGCAUGAACGUUGUACACAUUUGGAGACUGAACUGAGGGAAUCACAAAAGAGAUUUUUUGAUUGCCUUAAAAAAGUUGAACUUUUAGAGGAAACUUUGUCUUCAAUGCAGGUGGAUAUUGCCUCAAAAGAGAAGUUCCUAAUGUCAGAACUUGAUGAUCUUCUUCGUGAAAACAAGGAACAUAAAGAGAAACUUAUGGGAGAGAGCUUGUUAAAUCAGAUGUAUUUAGAGAAGAAGAUUGAAGUUGAGAACCUCCAAAGAGAGGUUGCACAUCUCACUGAACAGAUAUCUGCAUCUCCUGAUGAAAGAGAUGGAAUAGCUUCAGAUGCAGUACUUGAAGUAUCCAGUUUACGUUUGGAUAAAGCCAAACUGGAAAUUGUUAUUCAGGAAGCCCAAGCUAGAAUUAAAUUGACUGAGGAUGAAUUAGAAACCCUUCGAGCAGAAUCAGAAGCUAAGGUAGAAAGCUUGAUUUUUGAACUAUCUGCUUCAACACAAAAUCAGGAACUGCUGAUGGCUGACAAUGAAAAACUCCUUCGAUCAUUGCAAGAUGCAAUAGCUAGUGAAGAUAAGCUUAAAAGCAAUGUAAACAUGCUUGAAAGAAAACUUUCAGCUUCUGAAUAUGAAAAGCAACAAGUAGUGGAAGAAAUUACUACCCUGAAGGUCCAGUUGCAGAAAAUUGGACAUCUUCAGGAAGAAGUCUUGGCUCUUAAGAGCUCACGCAAUGAAACUAAGUUUGAAAAGGAGAAAUUGGAAGCUUCAUUGCAGUUACUGUCUGAAGACUGUGAAGAACUGAAGGCAGAAAGAGUCUCAUUUCUUGAGAAAAUUUCUAGUAUACAAAAUGCUGUGUCCGAAUUAGAGGAUUGCAGACGUGCAAAGGUUGCCCUUGAAGAAAAGCUUCUGCGUCUUGAAGGUGAUCUGACUGCCAGAGAAGCAUUAUGUGCCCAUGAUGCUGAGCUGAAAAAUGAGCUUAGCCGCCUUAAAAGAGCAAAUAGCCAAUUUCAGCGGAAGAUACAGCUCCUUGAAGUAGAGAAAGAAGAGUACCUGAAGAAAUCUCAAACCCUUGAAGAGGAACUACAGCUGAAGAAAGAAAAAAAGCAUGGUCAAAGUGAGUCCAAAUCAGGAUCUUCCAUGUCCGAUACCAUAGCUUUUCCAACAUGUGGAGAAUUGGAGCUCCAGAAGGAUGAAAUGGGAAACAAUACCCAGCACCAAGAAAUCUGGACGCCAUCUCUGAAGACUAGUCCAAUGCAAGAGCUUCCAGAACAUCAACAGAAUCUCAAUGGAAAUCAAUAUGAGAGAGAGUGUGAUGGCUUUCAUCGUGAUCAUAGUGGAAGUCCUCAGGAUAGAGAAGUUAAUCUUGUAUUAAAGAUCCAAGUGCUUGAGAAUGAACUUGCGGAGGCUUUGGAGGCAAAUGAAAUGUAUAAAGUACAGCUUAGGAGGUUGUUAUCUGAAGGGGAAAAUGGUCAUACAGAUGCUCCCAAGCAAUUAACAGCUGUAGGUGAGAUCUUACAGAAAGAAGGAUAUGAGCAGAAGGCAUCAUUGCUCGAGGCAGAGUUGAAAGAAAUUCGUGAGCGCUACUUCCACAUGAGCAUCAGAUACGCAGAGGUAGAAGCUCAGCGUGAGGAACUUGUGAUAGAACUCAAGACUCUCAAAAAUGGAAGGCGAUGGUUCUCAUGAGUCCAGGACCUUACUGGGUCAGUUUUCUUACUCCAUCUCUUGUAACUCGCCUAACUCAAAGUUCUGUUUUUUCCUUUUCCUUUUUUACAAUCUCAAUUCUCAUACAUAUCUAAGAGGAACAAUAUGUGGUCAAACAGGAGGGUAGAGAAUUUUUAGCCGGGGGAAAUAUGCUUGUAAAGUGAAAUGGGUCAAUUCAAAAUCACAAAUGUUAUUCUGAAUUAUGUAAUAAUUUUGCUAUAUACGGCAUGAUUUUAUGUAAUUAAAGCAAUAAGAAAAAAAAAAUAAUUCAAAUUUCCA